ACAAAUGAUGAGCUGUACAUAAUUCUGUGACAUUAUCAGUGAAUUUGUUGUGUUCGUAAUGAUUAAAAGUACUUUCUCCUGAUCAUGUCCUAGUUUUUUAAUUAUAAUUAUCAUGAAAUUAAUCUUAAGUUUGUGGUUUAGUAGUUUACUAUGUUAUUGUCUCUCCGAAGAAAAUGUGGUGCUGAAAUGUGGUAGUCCAGACUGUGACGCGGUAAUUUCUGAAGCUAGAGCACAUGUUCAGUACCAUGGCAAUGGAAUCCAUAUCAAGAGAGGAGAUACUGUUCAGAUUCUGGGAAGGAGUAACAACAAAUAUUUGAUCCAGCACAAAGGUCAGGUGGCGCUGUUAUCCAACACGUUUUUUAAAGAAAGUCACAUACGCAUCAUCAGUGAUAACUUAGUCAAUGCCAGUGAUGAUGUAAUCUCUAAGUUUUUUGAAUUGGACUCCAAAGCCCCCGCCAAAACACCGCCAUUGGAAAAUAAACUAACACAAGAUGUGCCAGAAGCUGUUGAAGCUCCAAACGCAGAAGAAAUCUCCUCCAGCAAAACCUACGAAGUCAUUGAUGGCACAACCCUUUUUCUAUCGGAUAGUGAUGGAGAUAAUGCGACUAAUGAUCCAGUUGCCGACUUAACAACAGAAGCAGUUGUCGAGUCAGCCAUUGAUGUUUCCACAGAAUCGCCAGCCUCUCAAGAAGUUCAAAAAGACUCAAGUACAGAAGCAACACAAACAGGUAUCGAUGCCAACACCAAUAGAGAGCCUAAUGCCACAACAGAAGAUGUCAAUCAAACGGAUUCUGAAGAAAUUUUGGAUGAUGAAGAGUCUGUAGAUAGUACUGAGAAUGAAGUUGAUGUUGAGCUCGAGGUGGAAAAUCUUCAGAAGAGAGUUGAUGAAACAGGGAGCACCAUGGAGUUAGUGAAAAACAUAGUUUCAUUUUUCAGUGAGCCGGAAGAUAGUAGUGAGAACUCACUUGACUCCCCUGCCGCUUCUGAUGGAGAUCAAAGUCCAAAGAAAGAAGAAAAAAGUGAAGGAGAAAAUGUCCUCGUACCAAGCACUGCGGAAGUUGUCAGUGGCUCAACAGAAAGCAGUGCGUAUUUGGAACCCUCUCCCACAGUCUACCCUACUAAAACUGUACCACCCGUUCAAGCAACUGCAGAAGUAGCUCUCUCUGAAAAUGCUGCUGUUGCCAAUUCAGUCGAACCUUCUAUCGCGCAAAAAGAGGAUGAGUCUUUACAACCACAAGACCAAAUAAUCGCGGAUGUGCCUAAAGCAGAAACGACAGAUGAUACCACUACUCCUGCAAAUAAUAUAGAGCUGGCUACUUCGAAUGAUGCACCCAGCCAGGAAGAAAUAGAGACAACGGAAGAGUCCAUUGUCGAAAGUAUUUCAGAUUCAACACCACAAAGUGAAAUAACAUCAGAUGAGGCAGCAAAUGCAACUGCAACCGAAUUAGAUGAUUUUUCUGGAAACCCUGUUCAAGUAGAACCGUCAUUCUUACCAACAGUGCCCACUGUUGAACAGGCAACCGAAGUCACAGCAACAGAAAAACCACUCUCGUCUUUCAAUGAGCAACCGGUUGCUGAGCAAGUUGAUGGCACUGAGAUAAAUGAGCAACAGAUCGUUGAAUUGGAAAGUAUUCUCGCACCGGCAGAACAGAGCAGUGCAGAGGAAACAAGCAGUGUCGAAGUCGACCAAAAUGAAUCAUUGAGCGGUGAACCUCCUGCUGAUGAAGCAGGGCAAUCAGACCUGCAAGAACCGAAAAAUGAAAAUGUAGAUAUUGCAUCACCUGACAGUUCAGGAAAUAGCUCAGAAAUUAUGGAGCCUCCGGUCACAUCAGACACACAACCUGAGAGCGUCAAUCAAGUCGGGAUUGACACGACAAACGUAACUGAAGAUUUGCCGGAAAGAAUUCCUGAACAGGUAACAGAAACUGAGCAAUCUGAACAGGUGACAAGUUUUGCUUUUCAUGAGGAUGUUACUCCAAGCUAUACUGGCACUGUUGAACACUCAAUUGCGAACGAAACAUCUGAAAUCAGUCCUGAGCAGGCUGUAGGUGACGAUUCUCUUAUUGUCCCAAUAGUGCCGUCACCAGAGACCAAUGUCUCAGAGAGUCUUGAGGCAGAGACAACUGAAGAACUGGCUAAGAAGGGUGAGGUCGAUGCUGCUCCAUACCCAGAACAGCCAGUUUUAGGGGUUUAUGAUUCUCUCAUUGUCGCAAAACCAGCUUAUGAACCUGUAACUGAUGAUCCUAGUCUAGUGGCCAGUCCAACGGAGCCAAGCCAAAAUAUUCCUUCCGGUGAAAAUGACUCCACACUUGAUAAGUCCUCAGGGCCUUUCCAAGAAUUGAAACCGGAUGAUAAAAUCGGGACACCAGAAAAUCUGUUCCCACCUAAAGAAGAUGAUGUUUUACCGCCAGCCAAAGAUGUUGAAGAAACUGAAGGGCUGCAAUCCUUCGGGAUUUUCGGACAAGUUAUGGACGUCUAUCAUUCAUUAUCCAGUAUCAAAGAGAGUUAUAUGUUCGGCUUCAUGUCCAAAGAAAAAGAAGAGGAUCCUCAGCAUGUGUGGAGAAGUGGAAAACAUGAUUCUCAAAGUACUUUUGAUGACACGUGCAAAGUAGAAGAUCUGAACUGCCCCUCAUUAAAACAAUUAGAUCAUCCCUCUUCUCCUGCAAUGGGUGCUGCCUCAAGUGAAAUAUACUUUGAGUCUCUCUUACAACCGCUGCUAGGCUCAACAUGUUUGAAAGCACAAGGCCUUGUCUUUUUCCUCACAACUGCUGUCGUUUUGGUUGCUACUUUCUUCUUUUACCUUUACUUUGAGAAACGUUCCAGAGAUAAUAGUUCAUUCAAAAAGAUCGACUCCUUGGAAAAGAAAUUGUUCAUCGCUGAAAAAGAGGUCUUGGAAUUGACAAACAAAUUAUCUAACAGUUCAGGAAGUGGUCCAUCUGAUUCAGGUAUUGCAGUAAACUCAACGCACAUCACGGAGUUAGAGGCUGAACGUGAGGAGUUGCUAGAAAAACUUUUAGUUCUGGAAAAUGAAUCGGCUGUGAAGAGUGGUUUGGUGAAAGAUUUGGAGAGGAGAUUGCAAGAAGCUCUCUCAAUGGCGCAGAACACGGAAAUGAUCUUCAAGACGGUAGAUCAGUUACAGCAAAGAAUCGAGUUGCAACAGAGGAGUAUAAGUGAGAUGCAUGCUCAACUGAAAAACAAAGAUAAAACGAUCGAAGGACUUGAAGAAUCAUUAGAAAAAGCUGCAGUAAUUAAGGUUCAGCUCGAAGAUAUGCUUGCUGCUUUGAAGAAAGAAAAUGAGGCCCUGUGUAUUGAAUCGUCAGAAAAGAUCAUUCACUUGAACUCCGAACUGGAUCAGGUGAAGAGUGAAAAGACUCUGGAAAGUACAAAACUGAAAGCAGAAAUUGAUAGCUUGAAGCUCUCACUAGAGCAAGCUCGUUCAUCGCUCGAUGUGGCCGAAGCAAGCAUCGUCGAAUUGAAAGCAAUCAUCAGUGAUGAUGCCAAAAAUUCUGAUAGUCUUGGUGAUGUGUUCAACGGAUCAGAGUUGAAAGCAAAGCUGGCUGUUGCUGAGCUGAACGUAGAAAAAUUAAAGGAUCGUCUGCAAGAAGAGUCGGGAGCCAGACAAUUUUUAGAAGAGCAUCUGACAUCAGUCAAAGAAGCAUUGGAAAAAUUGAAGAUUACAAACAGUGAAUUAGAGAAAGAAAAGCAAGAAGCAGAAAAUGCAGUGAAAGUCCUUAAAGACUAUUUCCGGAAACAAGAAGAAGAACUGAAAAAAGAAAUUGAAGAAAAGUCAGCCUUCCAGUUGCAGAAAGAUGAGGAGACACUUUUCAUCAAAAUGAAAACCCUCGAAGAAGAGAAAGGUUCUUUGAAAGAGCAGAUAGAAGAGAUGAAGCGAGAAAUCCUGGAGCAAGAAAAUUUGUUCAAAAGAGAAAAAGUUCAGUUGGAAAAAAAAGCUGAUGACAACUGGCUGUUGUCUCGACAAAUCAAUCGGAAACUUCAAGAUGCUAAACAAGAAGCAGCUGUUCUGCGUAGUCGAUUAACAAAUGUCGAAAAACUGCUCACAGAAAAGAAUGAGAAUGACCCAAAUAACGAACAGUCAGUAACAAACGGCGAAGGAAUGUCGCAGAACAACAUAUCUAGUCCGUCCAUGUUACUUAACUUCCCCAACACAGCCAACUCCUCCUUUGCAAAGUAUAAUAGUUCCGACUUAAUCCUUCCCCCUCCGUUGGGAAUGCCGGGCAAUGAGUUUAUCCCUCCGCCCCCUAUUAACUUUCCUGACCUGCGCCUUCCACCACUCGGUAGCGUUGGGCGAAUACCCUCCCCACCGAGUGGGAUGUCUCCUCCACUAUCCUUAGAAACAAAUUUUGGGAUCAACUUCUCCCCUCCACCUCCUAUGCCUCCGCAAUAUUAUUAUUAUCAUCGGAGUGACUCACCAAGCGAUUAUGACGAUAGUAGUUAUUCAAAAGGAGAGAACUAUCGUGAUUCUCCGAUGAACUUGGAACGCAGCGGUUCGUCAAAAGCAAAGUCGGAUCCGAUGAGAAAACCACCCAUGGAUCAGGCUGAUUCGUACCCUUCUAGCAAUCCCUCGCACCCCUCACCUCUGAAACCUGUAGCUAGAAAUCCAACUUCGUCUGGUCAAAAAGGUUGGUCAUCAUCUGGACAAUCAAACAAACCUGUAGAAAAAAAUUCCCGGAAACCUGGGAGAUAGUGAAGAUAGAACAUUAGAUAGCCGCCUUUUUAUGUUUGGUACUUGAAGUAUUCCGUUGCUAAUGAGAUGGCAGAAUUUCCAUCUGCCUCCCCAGUUUAUAUGUGUUGGUCUUUAAUCAAUCAAGCAGAACAUAGUCGUAUCAACAUUUUUUACAGUUAAUUAUUUUUUUUUUUUAAAAAAAAAUAAAAAAUCAUUGUAAGUAUAAGAAAAAGAAUAUCCGUUUGCUAGUCACAUUGGGGACCCUUCCUUGUUAUUUAUUUAUCUUAAUUGUAUUCAAAUUCAUCCAUUCUUUCUGGGAAAGGAAGGAUGCCCUCUUUGAAGUGCUGCAUUACUUUGUUUAUUCAUUUUUUAUACUUUUUUUCCAAUUUGUUUUUUGUUUAUUUAUUUUUUUAUUUUUUAAAUCAGCAUCAAUAAGAUUAACUGUUCUACGUCUUGUAUUGUCUUAUAAGAAAUUCUUCAAUGCUGACUGAUGCAUGUUUAUCACAAGUUUGGAAGAGAAAGUCGAUUGUUUCUGUCCGUUUAUUGGGCUGGCUAACAAUAAAUUAAAAGAUGAGAGAUCGGAAGUGCGAUUCAAAAAAAAGAAACAAAUGGUGAGCUUGAAAUCGUCACUGCCAUAGCUUUUUAGAUCAGUCAAGAACAUUUUACCAGACCCCUUUUCAUGCCUCCAAUCAGAGGCUAAAAACUUACCAAGUAAAUGUCAUUGAUUACAAAUUCACCCUAAACUGUUCUCUUCCAGGUGUGAUUCCAAAGAUUUAAUCAUGAAUUUCAGUAAAAUGGACCUGAGAUAGCCCUUUUUUAGACAACCUUUAUUGAGAGUAAUUAAACGGUCAUGGGCGAAAGUAAAGGGCGCACCAAGUUUAAAAAGAUUCAACAUCUAAAUAGAAAAUAAAAAAUGUAUCCAAAGUUCCUGCAAAUUUUUAAAAAGUUUGCAAAACAAAGUCUACUUCAUAAACUCACUUAAUUACCUAAGGUAAUUUUUUCAUGAAAGGAAAUACUAUCAAAAUAUUCCUAUGAUUAUUAUCAAACAGUCAUGGACUGUUUAAAAGUUUGUAUCGUGAGACAGUUUAUUUUCUACCAAUAACAGACAGGAAGUGAUUGCGAAUAUCCAGUGAUGAGGCAAUAAAGUUUUACAAGCGUUCCAUUCGGAACUGUAAUUGAGGCGUUAGAUGCGACGAGGACUCUUUUCUAAGGACCAGAUUGAAAGAAUUAGGAAUGGAAAGUUUAAACAUACGAUUGACUCUUGGUGAAAGAGCUGAGUGAUUUUACUCAGUGGUGUGCAGCCCUUUUAAAUUUUUCACUGUUUUAAUUUAUUUUACGAUUUUGAGUAUCUUUCAGAACACCAAGAAUUAGCUGGCAUUUUACGAUUUACAAGCCUAAGAGCACUUAAAGAGCGUGAUGGGCUUGCAUCCAACGCCUCAACUUAUCUUUUUCUGCUAGAUUUCUAGCAUCAAUUUUCUUUUUAGCAAUGUUAUUACUGUGGAUUAAGUUAACUAAGACAGUUUGUUUGAUGUUUUAUUUUCAAUGACUAGUUAUGUUCCAAUUUUAUUUUGCUCAUAGGUAGCAGAUAUUUAAUAUUCUGUUUCUGCUGAGAGAUUUAUUGUUUCAUUUACCCUGUGUGCCACCUGUUUUUUCUGCAUAGAAAAUUAUUUUGAAGACAAUGUAGAAGAACCGACCUUGCCACUAGAAAUAAGGAGAAACCAGUGGCUUGUUUGUUAGUUAGUUGAUUUUGUUGGUUAUUGAUUAGGGAGUGUUUAAGUAACAUGCUAAAAUACAGCGUAUCGUAACGAUCCAUUUUAACAAAUUGUGUAUCAUUUGGGGGAGCAAAUUAUUUUGGCGCCACCCUCUGAAAGAAGUGGGUGAUAAUAGAGGUUAAGGUUUGCCCAGCACCCCUAAGUUCCAGGGGUUUUAGGAUAGGUUUAUGUUGCUGUUUAAAGAGGAAAGGGGGGUUGAAAAAACUAGGGAAUGUGAUGAAAAUGACAAGAUGAAGCAUCUAUGUGUAAUUUGGAACGUUACUGUGUAAUAAAAUGUAGAAACCUAAUUUUUAAACACUCUCUUAUUGCGUAACACUUUGUUAUAAGAUACUUCGGGUUUCACGAGAUUAUUUAAUUUUAAUCGGAGGUACUUAAAUGAAAGUAAGUAUCCAGGUGUUAAGUUUAUCGGAUUGAAUGUUAAGUCAAGGAGACUACAUUUUGACCACUGCAACUGGAUUUCUUUUUCAAAAUAUUGUAUAUACAUAGUCAAAUUCAAAUUAUUAUUCUUUGAUCUUUGUACAAAUCUGGAGUGUUCAAGGCCCAAUAUAAAAUGCUGUUCAUUAAUUUUCUGAGUCGUAAAUUUUCAACAAAUUAUCAUUCAAUCACAGGCUGAUCCCUCAAAAAAUUUGAGGAAAGGCACAAACUUCUCUUAAAUAACGGUGUUUUAUAUUGCUAGUUGAAAAUCUUCACACCUGAAAAAGGGAUGAUAGUUUAAAGCAAAUAAUUUUAGGCGAUAAAAUAACCGUUUCCACCCUCUGCUUCAUACUUAUAUGGCUCCUUUCCUCGAAAAUUAUUUUUCUUAAAAUGUUUUCUUUCACCUGUAUGAAGUCUCGUUGUGGAAUAUUGAAGCUGUCUACCUUGAACAUCUCUGAUUUGUUCCCGGAAAGUUUCUCUGUUAUCAAAUUUUGGAUUUUACAAAUCAAAUUAUCUACACUCUCAAUUAGCGCAUUUAUUUAAUGUCAUUAUUUUGUUUUUGACGAGGCGAAACGAGUCCCCGUAGAAGAAUUUGACUCCAAAUCGGAGCCUCGAUUUUGCUUCAUUUCGCUCUAAGCUGGUCUCCUUUCUUCUCUUAUAAAUAAUUUAAUUUUACCAAACCCCCUGUCAUCAUUGUUUGAUGUAUUUUUAAUUUGUACAAACUCAUCGUUAUGUAAAUAAAAUUCUUAUUUUCAGUUGAAA